CCCUGAUAGAAUAAUAGCUAGCAUAUGGGGCGCAUAUAUGCAUCCAUGGUCCACCUUUGGUUUUCGUUGAAAAUAUGUGUCUCUAUAGACCUGAAAGGGUUAAAAAGUAAUCAUGGUGAAAGAAUCCCGUCGGUUCCUCCCCGUGGAACAAUCGUGGGGGAAGAAACGUGCCCGUGGGGAAAGAAGGCACGGGCACAAGGGCGUCAGGGCGCCGACGCGGCCCGUCGAGGCGGUCGACGCCGCUUCGUAGACGCUAUUCGUCCACCAGUGCACGUUCGUCUUGAACAUAGAGCGCGUCGCGUACUGGUCGCGGUCGGGAAACGGUUUUGGCAAGCGUCGAGCUGCCGUGCGCGAUAUGUUACCGCGAGCGUGAGAGAGAAAACGUCGCGCAGGAACCGAAGGAUAUACUAUAUCACACCGCGUUUCCCAUUGGAAUUACUAUGCGAUCCUACGCUGCGAAAAUUCUUGUGGCGAAUCGGAGCUGAGAUGUACAGGGCUGCGAGUCCUUCCGCGACGAACUGAGCGUUUCGGGGGACGUUUUCGCGGCAGUGAAGUAAUCUAAGAGAGGCAGAGGACGGUGACUGAAGCGGGAAGGUGUGUGGGGGUAGCAGAUCGAAAGGGUGGAGAAAAAUGAGGGCCUCGUUGCUGUUGCUGGGGGGCAUCGUGGUACUCUCGAUCGCGGUCGCGAGGGCUCUUUCGUGUGUGUGCUCGCCCCUCGAGUGUGACAUUCUCACGGACGAGGAUUGCCCCGGAGGCCUAACUUGGGACCCCUGCAAAUGCUGCAAGGUUUGCGCUCGCGUCGAGGGUGAGCCCUGCGGUGGCCUGUUUGGCUUUUCUGGAAGCUGCGCCGACGGUCUGCAAUGCGUGAUCAAAAAUCUCUUGCCCAAUACGAGGGAGGUGGACGAGGGAGUCUGUACAAAGAUUCCGGGCAGAUGGAGGAGGCACUGCCCGCACGGGCCGGCAAUGUCGGAACCGGGAUGCAACUUGGUCUCUGAGGCGAUCACGGAAGAGAACGGAAAUACGUUGUCGACCGGAAAAUGCGUUUGCGGACCGUCGGUGCCCUGGUGUCCGGACGAGCCGCAGCCUUACGUUUACGCGACGCGACACGAGUGCAAGCUCAAUUUGGCCGCCAAAACCGGUUACGAUGACCUCUUUAGUUCCGGAGACACGACGGCCGACGACGCUGAAGGAUACGUAAGCGGCGCAGAGUGUCCAGAGGACAGCGUCCGAGGUGAGAACGGCGGUUGCAAAUGCGCUACCGUGUGUCCACCAUCCGAAUGCCCCGAGGGUCAACGUCCCGUUCAAGUGAAGGCAGCGGAUCCCCAAACGCCCGGUAGCUGUUGCGCCCGCUACGAUUGCAUUCCCUCAGACUCGAGAGGACCCGAUCUGUGUCCCGAAAACAGCGUGUUAACGGAAGAUGGAAAGUGCGAGUGCGCGGCCUGUCCACCAGCGAGCUGUCCAGAUGGGCAUCGUCCGGUUCAAGUGAGGGCCGCCCUCGAUCGCGAGACACCCGGUAGCUGUUGCCCUCUCUACGACUGCAGACCCUCAGAAUCCGUAUCCUGGGUAACGGUGGCAACGGAGGACACGAAAUCGACGAAAUAUUGCAUUUACGAGGACAAGGCGAAAAAUCUAGGCGAACGAUGGCAGCAAUCGGACUGCUUGAGCUGCGUCUGCGAGGAGGAUGGCGUGUCCUGCCAGGAACCGAUGUGCAAGAACUGCGAGAACGCCAUUCCUCCGAAUCCAGGCGAGUGUUGCCCUCACUGUCCGAUCCCGACGAACGCGACCCUCGCGGAACCUGAGCCACCCUGUCGAAACUCCUUGGAGGACUGCGACCUGACGUGCGAUCAUGGAUACGUAAACGACGAAAACGAUUGUCCCCUUUGCAGCUGCAUCAUGCCAAAGGAGGACGGUGGCUCUUCGGGAGCUCAGCCACCCGUCGAACCCGACAAGGUUUGCCCUGAGCUACCGCACUGUGGACUCAACUGCGACCUCGUCAAGGACGAGGGAGGCUGCUCGGUGUGCGCUUGCCAGACACCGCAAUCUUUUGACGAACCCACCAACGACAGCGUCUUAAUCGACGAGACUGGAAAGAAAAUUUGCCCAGAGGUCAAAUGUGACUUGCACUGCGAACGGGGCCUGGUCAUGGACGAGAACGAUUGCACGUUUUGCAAGUGCAGGGCGUCGGACUCCAAUUGUCCACCUCUCGAGGGAUGCAGAAAACGAUGCAACUUUGGCUACAAGACGAACAAACGCGGUUGCCCUAUAUGCCGCUGUCGAGCCUCCUGCUCCGAUCACCUGAACGAAACGCAUCCGGAAGGAUCGACUUGGCAUCCGAACGCAUGCACCACGUGCAUCUGCGAGGCUGGAGGAAGACUCGGCUGCAGAGAAACCAUCUGCUCUGUGGCCUGUAGCAAUCCAUUGCCUCCGAAGCCAGGAACCUGUUGUCCAGUCUGUCCAAUUACGCAUUUGAAACAGAACGAGACGAGCAGUCAUCAGGGAAGCAGAAGUUGGGGCACGGUGCCAAUCACGGUGAUCGUGAUACUGUCGGUGUUCUGUCUGGUGUUGAUCGUGGACAAAGUUCGCAGCCGAUUCCGCGGUCGGCUGUCACCCUCCGAGGCAUCUUUCUCGUCGUACCCCCCGCAGUACUACAAAUACGUGCCGGCGUACGACACCCCGAUGCAUCGAAACGAGAAAAUCGCGCCCGUGUAAAAGACUGUACAAAAAUCCAAUUCCGAGCGAAUGCGAGAAGUCCCGUACACGUCCGGUCACCCGUCGUGUACCGCUGACGAAAAACGAAGAGAAACGGACCGAGAGUCGAACAAACGGGGUCGGAGAGGAAACAAGUUCGUACAUCUCUCGUCCCCCUUUUUCGCGAGAAACAAACAAAAAUAUAUUAGUCGCGUGAAAUGCACGGCCAGCGGAGCCCGGGAACCGGAACAUUUCACCGGCUGAAAAUACCAUGCGUAGCUUCAGUAUUAUUUGUAAGUAGCAGACGGUGUUGCGAUUAAAAAAAGGAAACGAAUGGUGGCGAGAAGGUACCGAAGCUCGUGACACGGCUGUCGAAACUAUCUUCAAUCCCCCGUAACUUAAUACAAUAUCGUGUUGUAACCUGUAAAUUAUAAUAUAAAAGCUAGUGUAAUUACCGUGGAAAGGUAACAAAUGAAUAUACUAAUGGUAAUGCUAGUAGAUCCUAACUUAAUCGAGAACCGUAGAAGAGAGACAGGUGUCUUGAUCGUAGUACGUAUUAGUUCCCUCGAUCUCUGGACCAUCGUUGUUGUUUCGCGUUGGCGGUGACGUUGCCCCGCCGUCCGUCGACGGAGCUCUGUGUCGUUUCGAUCGGUGAUUCUCAAAUACCUCUUCUUUCCUUUCAGCAGAAUCGAAGAAAAUUUCAUUCCAACAGACAGACUAUCCAUCUUCGUUAUAAAUAAAUAUUUUCACCACGAGAGGUUUUCUAGUUUCUAGAAAUCUAAUACGCGUUGAGCGUUCUUCAAAGAUUGUCGACAGUUUCGACUUCUUGAAAUAUUGAUUCACCGAUCCGAGACGAUACCUCGUUCUCGAUCGCGGAGCGUCGUUAAUCGCGGCGUUGCUUGCGGGAGCCCUAGUUGCAGAGCGCGUUCGUUCUUACGCUCCACAGGAAACGUUUCAUUUCACGGCGGAUUAAAUUAAAGCGUUUUAAUUUGUCAUCGAGGACCAACCAUCGGGAAAGAGAUGAGCAAAUGUUUCGCCGUGCCUCGCUCGUAAGAACAGCGUGGUAGAUUUAAUAUCUCUAGGUUAGCCUCCAAUAACUGUGUUACUAGACUGUUCCUAUGUUUCGCCUUUCUUUAACGCGAAUAGUAUAUCUUCGUACCUAGCGAGGUCGAGUGCGACCCGAGAUAUUUAUACUUCAAAAGCUGACCGUAUUGUCGCGAAGAGAAAUAAAAGUCUUCGCCUCUUUGAAAACAAGAGCUCAGGGCUGGAAUACCACUUGUUGAUCUUCUAACUUCCUUUCUUUUUUAACUCGUCGUAUUUGCUUUCUCCUUCGUUUCUACACACGACAAACAAGUUCAAUAUUUCACAGACGUAAGCACUGUUCGAAUACUCUAACUAUUUCAUACACCUAUUUUUCACCUUUAAUGAAUUAUGUUCUGUACCGUUCUUUUCUAAAGUUCCAGCCCUUGUUUAGUAUCGAAAAAGUAUAUCCGUAUAACGAACCAGGCAAACGCGACGGUUACAGUAGCGGCGGACGGAGAAAAGUGCUACAUCCAUUUUACGCGAGACGUCUUAUUUUUCGCGGUGUAUUUUUUGCUUUCUACUACUUCGACAUGGAAAAAUCACGAAAAGCGGAUCUCUCUUGAUCGGAGGCGCAUCGUCACACUGAAAUUUUUAUACAACUUUUAUACGGUGCAUGAUUUCGAAGCGGGAAAACGAAAAGGUUCUAUAUUUUUGUACGGUUCGGUAGGUGAUUUAAUUUAUUUUUAGCGCGUUUCAUUACGAGCGUCGAAUUUGCUUUCCAAAAUUUGGAACACGCGUUUACGUGGAUAUGGACUCGCGAACGAUGCAAAGAUCAUUCAAGAAACGAACGUCCCAGCAUCCUGGUUCGUCUCCGAUCUCGGUGCAGCACCAGUUUCGAUGCGUAUCCUCAGUUUCUCCCAAGGCACGCUUGUACAUAACUGCGAAUCUACUCGACACCUAAACGGCACAGCCCUUGCUACUGCGCGACAAAUGAAAUUACCGUCAAACUUUGAUUAUUAACGAACAUCGAGGUCCUGACAAUUUAUUCAUCGCGUGCGUUGUUCGCCAUAACAACGAGGUAAAUCUAGAUCUCUAGAUCUAGAUCCGAUCCAACGACUUCGAUUACUCGUUGUAACAAAGUUUGAUUGUAUUUUGCUGUCAAGCGGAGCAUCGCGCGUUCUAUGUAAUCGUUCGUUUGCACCGCGCUUAUUUUCAGGCUCGAUAUGGCGACGUAUCGUCCAACAGCGAUAGCCAGACACUGUAAUAUAGCCUAUCAUUAAAAGCUUAUACUCGGUUGGAUAUUUCUAUAAGAAGGUUCGAAUUGACAACAAUAACAAAAAUUCCAAAAAUUCAGCUCCGCGUUAGGGUGUCAAAUUGAGUACAACCUCUGAACGAACGCGAAAGAGAAAAAAACAAACGACGGCGGAAGACCUGCAAUAAACGCGAGAAGAAGUAAUUAAAUGCAGAAAACGCACGAGAAAAAGAAACGAAGAAACACGGGCGCCGACGUGCGCAAACAUAUCCUCUGCGUGUGCCAGGUUUCACGUGUCACCACGAUCGUCGUAGCAAUGCAGGUUAACCGGAUUCGUCACUGAAGCAGAGAUAAGCAAAAUUAUUAUCUAAAUACGAACGUCACCUGAAAAUUACAACCGAUUUAAAAAAUGAUAUUCCAUUUGAAACGAAUGAAAGCUUACCUGGAACAAUCGUCGCAAAGACGUAUCGCGACGGGAUGUUUUUAUUCGACGUGUUAGUAUUCGAAUAAUAAUUCUGCGUCUCUGCUCCGAAGGUUGACUAUACAUAUCCGUGCAUGUAGUUAGACGCGCGCGCACGCGCGCUCACGUAGAGACUCGUCUUAUCGUUCCUCCUCUUCUAAAUUAACGCAUACAUAUAUAUUUUUUCAAUGUGACACUCUCGUCUUACUGUAAUAUCUUAUAUAACCUAUCGUCUCUAUCGUCUAGUAAUACUAAAGUUACUCGCGUACGCGCGAUCAGACGCGCGUGCGUACCUAAUACAGAGCGAUCGUCGAUCAGCUCCAAGCCUGUAUUUCGUACGUGUACAUGUACCUUGAAGACAAUAUGCAUUCGACGCAACAAGUUCGCGCGACGUUUACACGCGAACCGAAAUUGUUUCUCGAAUUCUCCUUACCGUGUGCGAGAUGCGUUCGGAAGCAACAAUUCUGGUGUAGACGGAUGGGCAGUUCUUCGACGUACGCCAUGGUGUUUACUAGAGCUGUUCGAGUACUCGGAAAAGACGAGCCGAGUUUUACUCGGCUCGAAUGGCCGGUCCGAGUCGAGUACUCGGAAGAAACGAGCAGCUCGACGGAACCGAGUAGCUCGGAGAGAAGCGUGUCGCUCGAAAGAACCGAGUAGCUCGAACGAUUUAAGUACAUUCAAUGAAUGAAUGUGUGUGAAUUCAGCGAAUGCGAAUAUGUAUUCAUUGAAUGUACCUGAACCGUUCGAGCUGUUCGAUUUCUUUCACACGCCUGAAAUAGAUAAUCCGAGCCGCUUACUUCUGUCCGAGCUACUCGGUUCUUUCGAGCCGCUCGCUUCUGUCCGAGCUACUCGGUUCCUUCGAGCUGCUCGUUUCUUCCGAGUACUCGACUCGGAUCGAAAACUGGGUCUCAGCUCGACUCGGCUCGCGAGCAACUCGAAACAUUCGAGUUUUCUGCAGGCCUAGUGUUUACCCAACGUCGAAUUAAGACUGGAGCGCCUGGACUUCAGGAACUACCUUCCUUCGAUUAUGCUUCCGAAUGGGAUUCUAAUAGAAUCAUUUUUAACAUAAUUUAAAAGUGCAACUCAAAAGUCUGAUGUAAUUCUUGGACAGUUACGAAAGGUCAUUAAAAUGAUCAGUAGCGUAAACAUUGGGAAUAAUUCGCUUUACAAUACGAUAAAAAUAUCAUACAACAGUGCACGUAAUAAAGCACCUGUCUUAAUUCGACCAUGGGAAUACUGAUCAUUUUUUUUCACGGAAUGCAAAAAGUAAUUGAAUUUUCGCAAUGUUGCAUUCGCCGUGAGAGAAAUGGAAGUUUUAGACAGAUUUGUCGUCUCUGUUCUCGAGAAGUAUAGAUCGACUCGAACAGCGAUCGAUAUUCCACCGUGAUACUAAUCAAUCUAUCGAUAGUCUUGAGUAUCGCGUAGAAUCUUUUCUUUGGUAUGGUCCUAAUGAAAUUCUUGAAAGCCUCGAGUUUCGGCAAUGUCUACUGUUUUCCUUCUCGAGAAGAGAAACGACAAUGAUCGAUGAUAGGUGAAAACGGUAAGGAAACGGUUAAAGGAGUGCAGGAACGUUCAUCUCGAAUACGUAAUCGUCGAAGAGUCCUAGAAGAUUCGCGAUAUAAAGAUCGAACGAUAAUCGAACAUGGGGGCGGAAAAGUGGUAGAAACGCGCGAAACCGCUUAGUAAGAGACAAGUGAGACAAGUGUCUCGUGUUUGCGCGAUCUUUGUACAGUUUCACCGUAACGAAAUCAUAUCAGUGUAACCUAGACUUAUUUAAUAUGUGCGGACACGUAUGCAUAUUAAAAUCGUGCGUCAUGUUUAAAGAUAGCUCUUGUAUGUUAAAUAAAACGAGACUAAAUAAAAUUGUUGAUAUGUGA